UUGAAGCAUUCAGGAGAAAACGGUGAAUCAAGCUGUAUUAAAAAUGAUGGCCACAUUUUGGUGACAUCCAAUAUGGAGCAGGGUAAUGAUGCCAGGAAGUAUAACUCUCCAAAAAAUUCGACGCCACAAGAGAAAGUAAUUAAUGUGUGCCGAAUUUGCUUGGCAACUGACAGAAUAAUGUACACCCUGUAUAGGAGCAGUCUCAGAACAGUUUAUGAAAAUUGCACAGGUUUAAAGGUUAACCUAACUGACGGACUUCCCAAAAUGCUGUGUUGGGAAUGCAGGCAUAGACUUGUGUCGUGUCGAAAAUUCUUGGAUCGCGCGAAGCAUGCAGAUCUGAUGCUGAGGAAGCUGAUCGGGGAUGGAUGCUAUUUAAGCUUCAAAAAGCUUAAAUCGAUCGAUACGCAAAAAGUUAAAUCAAAUCUUAUACAGUCAAUACAUCCGCCAAAUAACUGCGACAUAAACAUGCUCGAAGUCAGUCAAUUAGAAGAUACGAACAUACAAACUGAAACAGAUAUCCAAACAAAUUCGUUAAAAUGUACAGAAACACUAACAAAAACUGAUGUAAAGGAAGGAAUCAUCGAUGACUCAAAUGAACAAGCAAAUUUUGAACAAUCCGAAACAUAUUCACCGGAAUAUCUAGAGGAGUAUGAAUUGGAUAUGAGAGAAAGUGAUACAGAUCUAAACGAAGACGAUUCUAAAGAUCCAACACAACUUAUAGAGACACCAACAAAAACUGAAACAAAAGAAGAAAUUUACUGUGAAUCAAACGAACAUCCAAAUUCUAGACAGUCUGAAUAUUAUUCACCUGAAUAUCUAAUUGAUUACGAAAUAGAUAUGAAGGAAAGUGAUUUAGAUCAAAACAAUGGUUCUAUUGACACAAUAAGAUACAUGGAGACAUCAAUAGAAACUGGAGCAAAUGAAGAAAUUAUUAAUGAAUUUGAUACAAAUCCACCUGAAUAUCUAACUGAUUCUGAAACGGAUAUGAAAGAAACUGUUUCUAUACGUCCAGUAGAACAUGUAGAGAUACCAAUAGAAACUGAUGAAUUGACAAAUCUUGGACAGUCCGAAAUUGAUUCACUUGAAUCUAUGACAGAUGAUGGAUUGGAUAUCAAUGAAACUGUUUUAGAAUAUGUUUCUACUGAUACUAAAGGUAGAGAAAUAAAAAAUGCAAAACUGCAUGCCAGAAAUAAAAUGCAAAAGGAAAACAUGAAUGGGACUAACGUAAUUACAAAAAGGAGAUCAAAGGCUACAGUGCUGGACCCGGCAAUGUUUACUGUCAUUGAUUUGUCUUACGGUGAGCAAAUCAGAGAAAUUCAGAAAAGGAAAGAGAGUGACAACUAUAAAUACUCCCACUUUAAAUGUACCGAAUGCUUCAAAGGCUUCCUCGAGGAAGACAUAUAUAUGCUUCAUAUGUUACGACAUUCAAAUAAAUACGGCACCUACGUUUGCGGUAUCUGCAAAGUACAUUUCAGCAAACUAUGGAAACUACGAAAACAUAUUACAAUCCACGCGCAGAAGUUUAGGUGCAAACUAUGUCCCUAUGUUACCACUGGAAGGCAAACCGCGAAGAUGCAUGAAGACUAUCAUAACGGUCAAACAUACAAAUGUCCGCAGUGCCCAGAAACUUUUGUCAAAUUCACCACGUAUCUGAGUCAUGUACGUUUAAAGCAUCCAUCGGAGUUCGUUUGUGAGUUGUGCGGGAACUCGUUCAUCGGCAAGACUGGGUUAGCGCAACACAAGAAGUUGAAGCAUCGCUUCGAUGGACUGGAGCCAACAGAGGAUGGUCUGUCCUGCGAGGAGUGCGACAUUCAGUUCGCUUCAGAAAGCGCAUUGAAGAAACAUUUGAAAUUAUCAAGAAGACAUAAAGAUAGUUCCAGACUGGAGCAGGAGGUGCUAAACCGUCAAAGACGGACAGACUGUGAUACGUUGAGCGAUAAUGGAGAGUCAUCAAAUGAUAAAAGGAAUAGUGGUAAGAAGGGAAAGCGCGACAGUGAGCUGGAAACUCCCAUAUCUUGUGAGCAGUGUGAAAUGCAACUGCCGGACUAUACUUCUUACUACAGACACUUCAGGAGUGCUCACCCGGACAAGAAUCGAACCAACUACGCAUCGAAGGAGACCCACUAUAUGUGCGAGGUGUGCGGGCGGAUGUUCAAGAGUCCCGCAUUGCUGAACGAUCACAGUUUGGUCCAUUCGGGGUUGAAGCAGUUCGAGUGUCCUCAGUGCCACAAGGUGUUUCCGCGCAGAUACAGCUUGGUGAACCAUCGCAGGCUGCACCGAAGACCCAAGUCAACCCACCAGUGUGGCGUUUGCAACAAGACGUUCAGCAACGCGUUCAACUUGAAGCGACACAGGAUGAUCCACACCGGCUUGAAACCAUUCAAGUGUGAGGUAUGCGAGAAAUGCUUUAAGGAUCUCCCUGAGAAGCGACUCCACUUUACAUACGUUCAUUUGAAGAAACCGUGGCCGAAGCGCACGAGAAAGAAGUCGACGAAGUCGCAACAGGUGUCCGAUGCUCACCAUUGA